AUGCGUGGUUUGAAACAAAGGCUCAAGGAACACAAAUAUACAAUCAAUAGGAACCUUGAUAACACUGUGUUAGCAUCCUACACAAGGCAACAGGAUAUUAACGUGCAAUGGGAUCAAGCGGCAAUUAUAAAAAUGACAACUAAUAGGCAAACAAUCAAACAUCUGGAGAGAUUGGAAAUCUAUAAGACGCACCCUCAUAGACCUAGACCAGAAGGAAAACGUCAUAAAAAAGUGCGACAACCACACAACACUAGGGAAAGGUAUCGACAAAUGGCUAAUGCACAAGAAUUUAUAGAUAAAACUUAUUCUCAUAUUCAGUAUGGUGGAGUUGUUACAAGGUCAGCAAAUGAUACUACAGAUGGAACAAAUCAUGGAGGACAUUCUGUUCGGCCAAGUAGCUUAGAAUUGCAUUCAACAUAUAUUGCAAAUCAUGAAACUGGUUAUGUAGGUAGUCCAACACACCAUUAUCCAUCUCCUCCAACUACUUAUACAGAGCAAUCGCAAUCUCCUCAACAUCAUUUUCCACCGCCACCGUAUACUGUUAAUUCACCAGAAGCUCGAAAUACACCUAUUAGUGGCACACCUACUCGUUAUGGGAAUCGCAUUAAUUCUGCAAGACCAUCUCAACCACCUCCAGCUCCACCUGUGUCUAAUUCCUCAGGAUCUAGUGGGACUUCCACUCCCACUAUAUCUGCAGGUGGUACUCCUUCAAGUGGUACAGGAAGGUAUAGAGUUUCAAGUCAUUCAAGAGAUAAUCUUCCUCCUCCUCCUCCACCACCCGAAAAUACUACUGUUAAUGGAAUUCAUCCUCCUUCUCUUUUUGUUACCCAGAAAGUUAUUCAAUCACAACCAGGAUCUGGCCCACAUACGCCAGUUCAUAAUUCUCAUGUGGGAUCUCGCCAUGCAACUCCAACUCAUCAUUCCCACACGAAUAUUUCUAGUAGUCAAGUUCCUCCAACAGAUAUAGUCACUAAUACCACUCCUGAUGGUUUAGAGCUUCCACCACCUCCACCUACACCUGAUAAAGAUAUCCUUCAUACAGAUAGUCAUCUUGUUCCUUCACCUCCACCUCCUCCUCCUCCAGCUGUUAAUGGAUGUUUGCCACCACCACCACCACCCUUGCCUCCUCCAGAUGAUCUAUCAAAUGGUCCAGUUAUGAGUGGAGAUAUUGUUCGUGUUCAAGAAAUUGUCUCUCUUUCAUCAGAAUCUGCUAGCACAACAUCUAGUGUAAGCAAAACUAGUGAAAAUACAGAUCCAAAAUCUAGGUUACCACCAAUUACUCAAACUGAUGCAAGAAGUGAUUUGUUGGCUGCAAUUAGAGAAGGAAUUAAAUUAAGAAGGGUGGAAGAUAUUAAGCAAAAAGAAGUAGAAAAAGCUGCACCUCUUCAUGAUGUUGCCUCAAUAUUGGCCCGAAGAGUUGCAAUGGAAUUUUCUGAUUCUGAAUCAGCUUCCGAAAGUGAAUAUGACAGUGAUGGAUGGGAUGAUGAAACAGAAUGCUGAAAAUAAAUUGCGCAGGUAUGAUAUAUGAAAAUUGAUUUUAAAAAAUUAGGAUAAAUUUCUAAAUGUAAAUAAAUUGAAAUACAUUUUUAACACUAUCAUAGUAUACAUUCAAUAUCACAACACAUAUUUAUUGUUAAAAAAUAGUACUUCUGCACAUUAUACAUUGUAAGCACAAAAGUAUUAUUUUUAAAUACAAUUUUUAAAUUUUUGCGGUAUCAUCAAAUGUGCAGCCUGGUUUAAACUGACCUUAUGCUGAAUUUCACAGUUCUGCCUUUACUCUUUAUUACACAAAAUUAUAAAAUCGCCCACAUGUGCUCUUCCUGUCACACAGAGAGUAUCUAAAAGCUGUUCAGUUUUCUGCAGAAGUUGAGUGGAGAGUUUUAAGUUGCUUAGCUGCCUGAUGAACGGACUUCAUAGGCUUCCUUCGUAAGCCUACCUGAUUGCCUCCACACUCCUGUCUGACAAUCAGGAUUUCCCACCUCCAUUAUAUUUCAACACAUUUCCUAUGGACAAGAACUGUUUCUUCCAUGCUUUGAUGAUGUUUCAUGAUAGAGGAUUCUUUCCAAACACAGUGAAAGUUUUGCUGUUCUUGAAGAAUGAAAUUUCUCUCAGCAUGCCACCAAACAGUUCAUGCUUUCUCUUGAGUUAAUGUCAUUUUGUCAGUCACAACUGUAACAUCACAGUUGCUCUUCAUGCAAUGUAUUAAGUGUUUUUGUCAUUAGGAAUAUUGUGAUUUUGAAAAACAUUAACAGAGUAUUUUUUUUAUUU